AUGGGCCAGCAACAGUCCUCAGAGAAGAGCUCGGCUUCAAGAACCAGCACUCCGCAGGCUGAAAAGGACCGCAAAAUCCAUCGCAGAGUCUCCAUUCAAGCCUUAUCCCAGGCCCGAGCAACACCGGUCGACCCUUCCGCUACUAAAGACACUGCAGUUGCACAGACCACUUCUCAACAUUUCGAAAAGCCUUCUCUUCAGCAGUACCUUCAAGCCCCCUCCCCCGAGCAACAUGCGAAAGUGGCCAAAGUAGAGAGAUCCACAUCUAGAACAUCACGAGAGAAAAGGAAUGAGGUAGAACACAGAUCAAGGCAUCAAGCAUCACUUCCUGUGCCCCAACCAUCGGAUCCCAUGGAUGUGCCCAUCUCCAGAAGUAAGCCAGACACGGUUGAGGAGCGGUUUGAUGAGCAGCACAAGGCAUACCAAGAUCGACGAUAUACCCCUGUGGCACAACUUCGGCCUCCUCGCCUCCCUCUUCCCAUUGCCGAUGUGCCUGUCCCCGAAUCACCCAACUUGCUGCCAGUUGAUAAAGGAAAUGCCGAUGUUCCCAUUUUCGAGACAGAUGAGCCACUCUCUGCUAUCGAACCUCAAACCAGGAGGAGAAGUUCCAUGUUGAGCACGACUACACAAUCAGAGGAAGAGAUGGGAGAAGAACUACAACCGUAUGCAGCGGACACUGCUACUCAAACUGUACCAACCGUCAUUGAGUGGAACCAUGGUGGCCACAAAGUCUACGUAACGGGGACUUUCACCAAUUGGGACAAGAAAUAUCGGCUUCAUCCCAGAAAGAAUGCCCCAGGCAUGUUCACCACGAUUAACCUUCCAUCAGGAACACACCAUCUCAAAUUCGUGGUGGACGGCGAGAUGGUCACCAGCCCAGACCUCCCAACAGCGGUCGAUUUCAACAAUUUCUUGGUCAAUUAUAUCGAGAUUGCCACUGAAGACCUGACCAAGCCAAGAAGAGAGAGCGCGCAACCGGGUCAGAAAUCGACUGUUCUUGCCCCUGAUGACCAUUAUCAAGGCCAUGCAGGCGGACAGACACUAGAAGACUCGGAUAUUGAGGAGCCUCAAGCGGAGGAGGUCCCGGCGGGUGACUUUCGACAACUGGUGCCCCAAGCUUUGGUCGACGUGGAUCUUCCCGAGGAUGAUCAAAGAUAUCAAGCCGCUGUUCGAGUGAUUCAAGAAAGUCCAGCACCGCCGACGUUACCGAUGUUCCUCAGCAGGUCCAUUCUGAACGGUAUCCUUCCAGUGAAGGACGAUAACAGCGUCCUGACACUACCAAACCAUACCGUAUUGAAUCAUCUCAUGACUAGCAGCGUCAAGAACGGGGUACUGGCGACGAGUGUGACAACUCGGUAUAAGAAGAAGUAUGUGACCACGAUCUCAUUCAAGCCGGUUCCCAAAUUCCAGAGCGUUCAGUAA